AUGUACGAUGCCUCUACAGACCCGGAAGACUACCUCUCGGUAUUCCUGACGCAUAUGCGCUUGCAAACCGCCGCGGAUGAGGUUCGCUGCAAGACCUUCCCUAUGUUCCUAAAGGGGAAGGCGCGGCUCUGGUUCCAAGGACUGAAACCGGGAUCUAUACGGAGCUUUCCCGAGCUGGCCCGGCAGUUUGCAGCCCAGUUCGUCUCCUCGAAGGUGUACGCGAGGAACGCAACCCACCUGAUGUCCAUCAGGCAACGGCCCGACGAGUCGCUGAGGAAUUUCAUGACCCGCUUCAAUGCGGAGAGCUUGCAGGUCAGGGACAAGGACGAAAAAGUGGUGAUGGCCGCCUUCACAAACGGGCUCAGGGUGGAGGAGCUUUUCUACGAUCUGGCCAAGAAGCCUCCCGUAAACCUGGAAGAGCUCCUACGCAGGGCUCACGAGGCUGCCAACGCGGAAGAGGCGGGUCGCCUAAAGAAAGAGUCAGAUCGGGAGAUUGGAGAUCGUAAAGGCCGGACCAACCCCCUGGAGGGCAAGGAGGCCCCGGCCAAGAAAAAUGUCUUUGAUCGGCUCUCGAAGGAGAAGACCCCUGCUCUGCCACCACUCUCAGAGAAGACCUACACCCCUCUAACACGGCCCAGAACUCAGAUCUUGGCCGUCAUGGAGGCGGAAGGGCUGGGAGAUCGGCCGCCCAAGAUGGGGACGCCCCGGAACAAAAGGAACCAGGAUCGAUAUUGCGUCUUUCACCGUGACGUCGGACACGACACGGAGGGGUGCUGGGCCCUGCGUAAGGAGAUUGAAAACCUGAUCCAACGUGGCUUUCUAAGUCGGUUCGUACGCCGACCAGGUCAGGAGUUCGGGCGCAACCAUUACGGGGAUAGGCGUGAGGGACAGCGUCGCGACCGUCCAGAGCGGCGGGAGGCUCCCCGGAACCACUCUCCCGACCAGGAUACCCAGAACCUGGCGGGAGUGAUAAACACCAUUGCGGGAGGUCCCACGGGGGGGGACAGUCAUGCAGCCCGGAAGAAUAAGCGGCCACCCCCCGAAGGGGACGACUCCUUGAAGCGUCUGCGCAUGGAUGAGGAGAUCACCUUCGGACCCAGGGAUGCGGUUCCCUUGGCUUCCGGGAACCAUGAAGCUAUUGUGAUAGACAUUGUCACCAAUAACUACCGGGUGAAGAAGGUGUAUGUCGACCAGGGUAGCGCGGUUGACAUCAUGUUCUAUCGCGUGUUCAAGGAGCUCGGAUUAAGGGAUGACCAGCUGACCCCGGUCCGGACGCCUUUGGUGGGCUUCACCGGACCACCCAUCAGCUCGGAAGGGAUGAUCACCCUGAUGGUCACAGUAAGUCAGGCUCCCAAGUGUCGGACCGUUCCCGUUAACUUCGUGGUGGUCAAGCAGUCGUCCCCGUACAAUGUGUUCUUGGGGAGACCUGCCUUGAACGCCCUCCGGGCUAUUCCCUCUACCUUUCACCUCAGCGUCAAGUUCCCCACUCCUGGGGGGAUAGCCGAGGUGCGCAGCGACCCAGAGGUAGCCAGGGCUUGCUACCUGGCCACUCUCCGGGGGCAGGAGAAGGUGGUCGCCCAGACAACCUGUUUGGAGCCCUACAUCCCAGGGGAUGAGGCCCAACAGUUGGGCACCCAGGAUGAGAUUGAGGAGUUCCCCUUGAGGAAGGAACGUCCCGACCAGGUCAUCCGCAUUGGGGCAUUGCUGCCAGCGAACGAGAAGGAAGGCUUGAAGGCCUUAUUGAGGGAGUACUCCCAGGUCUUCGCAUGGACGGUGGAUGACAUGCCCGGGAUCCUUACGGACCUGGCCGUCCAUCACCUCGACGUGGACCCUCACUUCAAGCCAGUAAAGCAAAAGAAAAGGAGUUUCGCCCCCGAGAGAAAUGAGGUGAUCAGGGCGGAGGUCGGCAAGUUGUUGGAGUCCAAGAUCAUCCUGGAGGUCUACUACCCGACCUGGCUGGCCAACCCCGUCCUGGUCAAGAAGGAGGACCUGACCUGGAGGAUGUGUGUAGACUUCACAGACCUUAACAAAGCCUGCCCAAAGGACUGCUUUCCCCUGCCUCGAAUUGACAGGUUAGUAGACUCUACUGUGGGCUUUGACAUUUUAUGCUUUCUGGAUGCCUUUAAGGGAUAUCACCAGAUAGAGAUGGCCGAGGAGGACCGGGACAAGACCUCCUUCAUCACCGAGGAGGGAACCUACUGCUACAGGACCAUGCCCUUCGGAUUGAAGAACGCGGGAGCAACUUACCAGCGCCUGGUGAACAAGUUAUUCCAAAACCAGGUCGGCAGGAGCAUGGAGGUUUAUGUGGACGACAUGAUCGUCAAAAGUCGAACUGACCAGCGCCUCAUACCCGACCUGCGGGAGGUCCUGGACAUCCUACUGAAGAGCCGGAUGCGCCUAAAUCCGAAGAAGUGCACUUUUGGGGUCAGAUCGGGAAGGUUUCUCGGUUUCCUGGUGUCCCGAGACGGAAUCCGGGCCAACCCGGAUAAACUCCAGGCCAUCAUGGACAUGGCCCCUCCGAGGAGCGUGAAGGAGGUCCAACGGCUAGCAGGAAGGAUGGCCGCCCUGAAUAGGUUUCUCUCGCGCUCCGCGGUCCGGGGGCUGCCCUUCUUCCGAGUACUGAAAGCGCCGAAGGACUUCCACUGGACUGAGGAGUGCCAGAAGGCCUUCAUCGACCUAAAAACCUACUUGGCCGAGCUACCAUCUCUGACAGCCCCAGAGCCGGGGGAGACCUUAUUCCUAUACCUAUCCGCCUGCAACGAGGCCGUCAGCGCGGUCCUGGUGCGGGAGGAUGAGGGGGCUCAGAGGCCGGUGUAUUACGUAAGCCGAGCUCUACAGGGGCCAGAGACACGAUACUCGCCAGCCGAGAAGUUGGUCCUUGCCUUGGUACAUGCGGCACGCAAGCUCCGCCCUUACUUUCAGGCUCAUGGCAUUGUAGUCCUGACUGACCAGCCUUUGCGUCAGAUACUCACCAAGCCGGAGGUUUCGGGCAGGAUGACCAAAUGGGCUGUCGAGCUAGCCGAGCACGACAUCGGCUAUCAACCCCGCAAAGCCAUCAAGGCCCAGGCCUUAGCGGAUUUCCUUGCUGAGGGGGCUAGCUUGAGUCUAACCGAGCUAAGCCCCCAACACGAGGAGCGGCUGCCGAAGGAGCCCUGGGUGUUGUUCGUGGACGGGGCCUCCAGCAAGGAAGGAAGCGGGGCGGGUCUGCUACUCAUUUCACCUACCGGGGAAGAACUGACCUACGCCCUCCGAUUGGACUUCCCCGCGUCCAACAACGAGGCCGAGUACGAGGCCCUGCUCACAGGAUUGCGGAUAGCCCACCAGAUGGGAAUAACCGCGAUCCAGGUCAGGAGCGACUCACAGCUCGUCGUCCUUCAAGUCCUUGGGGAGUACGAAACCAAGGACGAGGUUAUGAAGAAAUACCUGGCCAAAGUACGAGAGGCGGUGGCCUUGUUCACCACGAUCGAAAUCGAGCGGGUGCCAAGGUCCCAGAACAAGCGGGCAGACGCCCUUUCAAAGUUGGCAUCCUCCUCAUUUGCCCACCUGAGCAAGGAGGUAUUGGUGGAGGUGCUAAAGCAGAAGAGUAUCGAUCAAAUCCAGGUCCUGGCUAUAGACAGCUCGGCCACCUGGAUGACGCCCCUCGUUGACUUCCUCAGCUCGGGUGACCUCCCCGAAAACAAAGCCGAGGCACGCCGAAUCCAGCUCCGGGCUGCCAAGUACGCCUACACCGGGGGUACCCUCUAUAGGAGGUCGUAUUUGUCCCCCUGGUUAAAGUGCGUGACUCCCGAAGAAGGUGAUUACGUCCUGCGCGAAGUCCACGAAGGAAUAUGUGCGGCACACGUGGGAUCUCGGGUGUUGGCCAAAAAGUGCCUCCUUUUGGGCUACUACUGGCCCUCUGUCUUCCGAGACGCAGCGGAUCUGGUCCGGAAAUGCCGAGCUUGCCAGGUACACGCCUCGCUGCGUCAUCAGCCAGCUCAGGAGAUGAUUCCCAUCCAUAGUCCUUGGCCAUUCGCUCAAUGGGGGAUAGACCUCCUGGGUCCCUUCCCCCGAGCCCCGGGAAGAUAUGAGCACCUCGUGGUAGCAAUAGACUACUUCACAAAGUGGGUGGAAGCGGAGCCCCUGGUCUCUAUCUCGGGGAAGGCGAUUCAGAAAUUCUUUUGGAAGAGCAUAGUUUGCCGGUUUGGGAUUCCGCAUGUCCUGAUAUCUGACAACGGCCGCCAGUUCGCCGAGAACCCUUUCCGGAGCUGGUGCGCCGAGCUCGGAAUCAACCAGCACUUCACGUCGGUUGGUCACCCCCAGGCCAAUGGCCAGGUGGAGAACGCUAAUCGAACUGUCCUGCAAGGGUUAAAGACUAGACUGGAGUCCGCCCAAUCAAGCUGGCUGGAUGAGCUCCCCAGUGUCCUCUGGGCUUACCGCACUACGCCCAGGACGGCUACUCACGAGACCCCGUUCUCCCUAACAUACGGAGCAGAGGCUGUGGUGCCCGCAGAGGUUGGUCUUCCCUCACCCAGAACACAGAAUUUCGUGGCAACAUCCAACGAGGAAGAGCUUAGGUGCAACUUGGACAUGCUCGAAGUCAGGCGGGAGGAAGCGGCUAUUCGAAUGGCUAAGUAUAAAAGCCAGUUCGCUCGCUAUCACAACGCCAAAGUAAAGACUAUACAGUACCAGCCAGGAGACCUCGUCCUGAGGAAGAACUCGAUAAGCCGAGUACACGGCUCCAACAAGCUCGACCCAAAUUGGGAGGGCCCCUACAAGGUCCUUGAGGCGAGCCGAGCUGGCUAUUGCAAGCUCGCUAAGAUGGGUGGAUCUGAAGUACCUCGGACUUGGCACUUCUCCAAUUUGCGGUUGUUUGUAGCGUAG